AUGUUGUUCAGAGCUUUAUCUGGUUCAUCCGAAGAUGUGUUUGAGAAAUGGAAGAUCAAGAAUCCCUCGAACAAAGUAGAGACCGUUACAUUGCAAAACGGCAAGACCAAGGCCUUUUGGAUUGGUGACAAGCAUGCCGACACUACUAUGUUGUACUUCCAUGGCGGAGGUUACGCAGCGUCGGCAAGUCCUGGUCACUACGACCUCGUGGCUGAGGCAGAGUCUCGGGCUGCGAAAAACAAUGCUUCAUUCUCGACACUGUUUCUUCAAUAUGAUCUGAUCCCGAGUGCUUGUUAUCCGGCCCAGUUGCAACAGGCCGUACAGGCUCUCGAUUACCUCACUAAUACCAUGCAACGCCCUCUCGGAAAGAUUAUCCUGGCUGGAGAUUCAGCUGGAGCUAAUCUGGCCCUAGCUCUGUUGUCACACAUCUCGAAGCCUCAUCCAGAAGUUGACCGCAUCACUCCUACGGGAAAUUUUAAAAAAGUUGUCUUGCUCUCACCUUGGGUAACUUUUGAUGGGACAGCUGCCGCUUUCAAAGAGAAUGCCUGGAAAGAUGUCUUGGAUUCACGCGCUCUGCACCAAUGGUCUCAAGCUUUCCUUGGGGGCGCGAAGCCUGACUCAUACAACACGCCUCUUCUCGCGCCUCCGGACUGGUGGUCUGGUAUACGCGCGGAUAAGAUUUGUAUAGCCGCCGGUCAAGACGAAGUAUUUGUGAAUGACAUUCUUGAAUUCAGUAAGAAAUUGAAUGUAAGCUUCUUUGGUUUCUCCCUUGAUAGCUCAAAGACUGAAUCUUAG